AAUUUUAUGUCUCACCACAACACGAGGGUAAAUGCAUUCCAGUAAAAGAUUCUUUGGAUGACUUUAUUCUCAUUACAUGAAGAGAUAACACUUCAGUUUCGCGUCCAUUAGUUUGUUAUUUAAGGAGUUUCGCCUUCCGCUUUGUUGUCAAUCUUUAUUUGUAAGCCCUACUGACGGUCAUCAAUGGCGUAUUCCUUACUCUUGUGUCUCCUUCUCUUGGUGUGUACCGCCUCCGCCACUAGUCAUGGAGAAGGAGAGAGUAGCAGUCAUGGAGAAGGAGAGAGUAGCAGUAAUGGUUGUACAGUGUCUGAUACCAGCUACCUAAUAUCUGCUAUCAAUUCAACUGAAGGAUACAACCUCACUAGAGCAAUCAUUAACUGUCUAGAGUAUUCAGAUAAUAGGAGUACACUCUCUUUUGGAUCAAUAUCUUAUGAAUCUAUGACUGGUACUAAUGGACGAUACACUGUACAGUGUAACAGUGGAUUAUUAUUAUUAUCUGUCAGUGUGUUUGGAUUCAGAGAAGAGCGUUCUUCAUGUUACGAAUGUGUGGAUGCUGAAGAUCCUUGUGAACCAGGAACAGAUUGUCCACAGUAUUGUGAUCAUUGUUUACCAAAUUCAGAGUGUUUACUUUGUACUUAUGCACGAUACAAUGGACAGUGUCUUCCUAAUGCUAACUGUCCUAAUAAUGGAACCCCUAAUCCUAUGAAUGGGAAUGAAUGUGAAUGUCCUCACAACUUUGGAGGCAGCAACUGCAGAGAUUGUUUGCUAAAUGUUACUGACUGUCAGAACGGAUAUCUAUUAAAUCAAGCAAGCUGUCGCUGUGAAGCAUGUCCCUCUGGUUAUUAUCAAUUCCUUGUUGAUCCAGAAUCAAGAGUGCCAGAGAGUGUUGUUGGAUCACCAGGUGAAGAAGAAGGCCAUCACGAGAAGAAAAGAGCAACAGAAUCAGAAGAUUCACAUGGUACCAGUGAGACUGAUACUGAUAGAACAUUCUGUGUGCAGAAUUGUUUGUAUGGUUGGACACCUGACCCAAAAGGAGUUUGUUAUGCUUGUGGUAUGAGCUACUGUCUUAACUGUAGUGGAAUUGGUCACUGUACAAGAUGCCGUGAUGGUACUUUAGUCUAUAAAGAUCACUGCAUAGGAUUUUAUGAAUACGUAGAAGAAUUGAAUCUUGAAUUGGAGGAAGAGGAGGAAAGGGAAAAGCAGAAAUUUAAGACGGAACAAUUAGAAUUACAAAUAGCGCUGCCUCUUGUUUGCUUUUUCGUGAUUGCAGCCUUUGUGUUAAUAGCAGUAUUUGCUCACUUCCGUUAUCCUCAUGUUGGGAAAGAUAAACGUCACAGAGAUCCAUCAAAGAGAGCUGAUAACUAUGAGGAUACCAUUGAGAGCAAGUUCCGACCUCAAUCAACCGUUAGGUAUCGUUGAGGAGGAACAAUUUUAAUCAGCAGCUGCAGUUAGUACACAUUCAGCUUAGCAGUGGCUGUAUGUGUCUGUUUUUAAUAAUUAUUGUUCAGUAGUACUUCAUACUUGUUUUCAUAACUAUGAUACAUUAUAAAGCAAA